UCAAAACAAAAAAUCAUCGCUUGUCAUAAACCUGCCACUUGUCAAAAUUUUUGUGAAUUUUUAAUUUUUUUAUCACUAAAUUAAAAAUGGCCAAGCAACAAGAAUUUUGGGAAACCUUAAAAUUAAAGUAUGAGGAAAAAAACCGCGCCCUUCAGCAAAAAGAGCAAGAAUUGCGCCUCAAACUGGAAGCAAUGGAUGCAAUAAUCGGCACCAAAACCGAAAAACCCACCGAAACUCUUCCCUUAAAAGACCCUGAGCAUAUUUUUGGCGCUUGCACGUGCCCCCCACCCCAAGACAAGGGCGGUUUUUUCAAGUGCGUGUUCUCCCUCUUCGGCACUUCCAAACCCAAGACACCUCCAGCCCCCAUUGCCAAAACCCAAUCAGCACCACGUGCCCCCCAGGACGUCCCAACGAAGGAAAUAACAGGCUCCCAGUGCAUUCGAAGCGAAAGAGUCCGAACUGUUGUUAGCCAAAAGGAUGAAAACUGCAUGUGUAACCCUUGUCAGCUGGACCACCCACCUGAGGGGGGCCCCAAAAGCCAGGACUGCAACUGUAGCAUUUGCAGCAGUUCUUCAGUGGUACCAACAAACACCAAGUGCACUUGUGACCCUUCAAACGCUGAUAAUUGCAUUUGUACUGAAGAAGAACUUCCAAAAGGUUCAAUUGAUAAAAUUGGUCUUGGAUCACCUAGCAAACUGUCUUUGAAGUCAAUGGAUCUUUUCUAUAUGCAGAACAUUCACGAGUUGGCCGCGCAACAGAAAAAAUUGUUGCAUGAUAUUAGAGAUCUCGAACAGAAGAACAAAAUCUACGAUGAUGUUUUCGACCAAUACAAGAACAUUGAUUUCUCGGCAAAAGCACCACAAGCCUCAGCUUGUUGUCCUUGUAACGAUUCCUCAUCUCAAUCAGACCAGAAAACCAACGCUGAGCUGAAACUCGAAAAUUUCCUCCUGAAAAACGAACUGAAAGACAUGAGACUAGAAGUCCGCCAGUAUUUGGAACGAAUGGAGGGCCCCAUGCAAUUUAAAAUCGAAAGUGAACGCUACAAGUGCUUCCAACUGGAGCAAAAACUCGAAGAAGCGGCCAAGGAACAAGCAAACAUUCAGGAGUUCUACCAGAAGGAAAUAAAUUCGCUUAAGAUGCAAAUGUGCACCGCCAACACCAACAUCUACAAUCUGACUGCGACGAACGAACAGCUCAUGGAAGCGCUCCAAGGCUACCAAAGCAAGUGUGUCAAGCUGGAGGAAGACCUAAUACGCCAGAAAAUAAGCGAAGCUGAAACGAUCAAAAGUCUCCAAGACGCCCUAAAUGCGCAAAUCAAUGCAAACGUGCAAAAAGACGAAUGCGAUUUACACCAAAUUGCUCGAGAGUUGAGCAAAGUCUUGAAGGAGUGUGAACCGUGUGGUGACUGUCUUUCGCUUCCUGAGGAUUUAACAGCGGCCGCGAAACUGCUUAAGAGUCUCACUGAUAUUAUUGAAAAUAAAAUUCCGAAAGAAGGGACACCAUCUGAAGAACCGGUUAAAACUGAAGAUGUGUUAGAAACACCAGUGACGCAAACUGAAGAUGCUGUGGCGGCAGAAGCUGAGCCACCAAGGGUCGAAGAAGUGCCAAGUGAGUUACCACCAAUGGAAGAAUUUGCACCGGUCAAGACUUCAUCAAGGAAGAGUAGUAUGGAAGAAAAAUCUCAAAAAAGUGAAAAAAGUGUAGUAAUUUCUGAACCAACCACAACCGAAGAAAAGCCUGAAGAACCUGACACUCCCGCUCCCCAACCACCGAAAUCAAAAACGUCUUGUAAAUGCGUCAAGUCGAAAAAAUCCUCAGACGUUGACCAAAUCUGGCCCAAAUCUGAAGGUCCAGUUGUAAUGAAAGACAGCAGUGUGAUGGAAACUACCGCAAUUCCAAGCAAAAAGAAAUGCACUUGCCACGUUACAAAAAAAUCAUCACAACAAGUUACACCCACAGGCAGUAAAAGGUCGUGCAAAUGCAACAAGAAAUCAUCAAUACAUGCAGGAGAACCCGCAGCCGGUACUGUUGUAACCCCUGUUUGGCCAUCGACCUCAGAGCGUUUCAAACUUGCACAUCAAGUAACAGCAUCCAAAAGCAAAGAAUUGUUGAAAUCGGAAACUUCAGUCAAGUGUUUGAAAGUAAAAGAGAAUUUUCCCUUUGAUAUUGACACACAAGUUGAUGUGUUGAAUCGACCUCCGGAUGGUGUUCAUGUCACAACAACUAUUACUAAUUCUGGGACUUUGGAAGUGAUCACAGAAGGGCCAGAAGGAGUCAUUGAAACAACUUUAAUUUAUACUAAUUCGGGGAAUGUGGAAGUGGUUACCGAAAUCCAGGAUUAUAAAGGGAAGGGCAAAGCAUGUAACAGGAAUAAAAUCAAAACUCCGGCUAUUGCCGCUGCAUCUGGAGCUUUAGCAAUCGAAGCUCCGCCAACAGUUGAACAAGCUGAAGCUUUACCAAGUCCAGCUUCUGAGCAAGGAAAACCACCAGCUGAGGACACUCCAAAAAGUUCACUUAUAAAUGCCAAUUGCCAAUGUAAACAAUGUCCAGUGUUGGAAGCAGAUGUUGCAAAAAUGGGGGAAGAAGAAAUGAAAGAAAUUCUUCCUGUUCCUGCUGAAGCGCCACCUGUUGAAGAUGUUCCAGAAAACGCAGCCCCUGAAGCUCCAGUUGAAAAUGUAACAUCAAUUGAAGCAACUCUGGUUGAAACUAGUGCUGAUGUUCCCGAUUCACAAGUUGCGAAGAGUUUGUCGUUGUCUAUGCAUGUGGAAAAUGAGAGCGAUCUUGAGAAGAUAGCGCCAGCAAGUGAGGAAUCCAAUGAGGCUUAGUAAAAUUAGAGUGUUUAUGGUUUGUUGUUUGUGCAAAUUUUUGAAUAUAGUUAUAUUUAUUA